GGUGGUGCUGUGGUCUGCCCCUGGAGAACCCAGAAGAACACAGCUGUGCGCGCCCACAGGCUCUGGGGGCGGGAGAAGAUAAGUCGCAAGGAGGGGGCGGGACCUACACCUCAGGAAAGCCGGAGAAUUGGGGCACGAAGCGGGGCUUUGAUGACCCGCAAAGGGCGAGGCAUGCAGGAGGUGGAGGAAUUAAGUGAAACAGGGAAGGUUGUUAAACAGCACCGUGUGGGCGAGGCCUUAAGGGUCGUGGUCCUUGUCUGGGCGGGGUCUUUGGGCGUCGACGAGGCCUGAUUCUGGGUGGGCGGGGCUACUACGGGGUGGUGCCUGCUGUGGAAAUGCCGGCCCGCGCGCUUCUGCCCAGGCGCAUGGGGCAUCGUACUCUAGCCUCCACUCCUGCCCUGUGGGCCUCCAUCCCGUGCCCUCGCUCUGAGCUGCGCCUGGACCUGGUUCUGCCUUCUGGACAAUCUUUCCGGUGGAGGGAGCAAAGUCCUGCACACUGGAGUGGUGUACUAGCGGAUCAAGUAUGGACACUGACUCAGACUGAGGAGCAGCUCCACUGCACUGUGUACCGAGGAGACAAGAGCCAGGCUAGCAGGCCCACACCAGACGAGCUGGAGGCCGUGCGCAAGUACUUCCAGCUAGAUGUCACCCUGGCUCAACUGUAUCACCACUGGGGUUCCGUGGACUCCCACUUCCAAGAGGUGGCUCAGAAAUUCCAAGGUGUGCGACUGCUGCGACAAGACCCCAUCGAAUGCCUUUUCUCUUUUAUCUGUUCCUCCAACAACAACAUCGCCCGCAUCACUGGCAUGGUGGAGCGGCUGUGCCAGGCUUUUGGACCUCGGCUCAUCCAGCUUGAUGAUGUCACCUACCAUGGCUUCCCCAGCCUGCAGGCCCUGGCUGGGCCAGAGGUGGAGGCUCAUCUCAGGAAGCUGGGCCUGGGCUAUCGUGCCCGUUACGUGAGUGCCAGUGCCCGAGCCAUCCUGGAAGAACAGGGCGGGCUAGCCUGGCUGCAGCAGCUACGAGAGUCCUCAUAUGAGGAGGCCCACAAGGCCCUCUGCAUCCUGCCUGGAGUGGGCACCAAGGUGGCUGACUGCAUCUGCCUGAUGGCCCUAGACAAGCCCCAGGCUGUGCCCGUGGAUGUCCAUAUGUGGCACAUUGCCCAACGUGACUACAGCUGGCACCCUACGACGUCCCAGGCGAAGGGACCGAGCCCCCAGACCAACAAGGAACUGGGAAACUUUUUCCGGAGCCUGUGGGGACCUUAUGCUGGCUGGGCCCAAGCGGUGUUCCAGUGCCAGCAGAAGGCCUGCUUACGUCGGCAUCUGCAUUCCAGAGCCCCCUAAGGUCUAGGCAGCCUGAGGCUGACAGGAGGUCUCACUCUGUCACCCAGGCUGGAGUACAGUGGCCUGAUCAAGCUCACUGCAGCCUCUACCUCCCAGGAUCAAGCAAUCCUCCCACAUCAGCCUCCUGAGUAGGACUAUAGGCAUGUGCCACCAUGCCUAGCUGAUUUUUAAAAAUUUUUAGUAGAGAUGGGGGUCUGACUACAUUGCCCAGGCUAGUUUCGAACUCCUGAGCUCAAACAAGCCUCCCACCUCAGUCUCCCAAAGUGCUGGGAUUACAGGCAUGAGCCACCAGGCCCAGCUAGGGCCCACUACUUCUGUAACUGCACAUGCCUGCUUUUCUCUCUCUUCCUCUCUCUCCCUCUGCUUCCCUCAGUGCCUCUUCCAUCUGUGUUUUCUUCUUCUCACCUUUCAGAGAAAACAAACUAUUAUAGAAAGAGGCUUUGAUUCAACCACGGGUUCAAGUCUCAGCUUGCUGUUUAUUUGAGUGUGUGACCUUCAGCAGAGCAUUUCACUUCACUGGGCCUUUAUUUCCUCAUCUGGUAAACAACGAAAAUAGCUCCUCCCUCCUGGGUUGUUGUCAAGACACUUGAGAGUGUACAUAAAGCCCCUGACACACAGUAGGCCCUCAGCAUACAUUAGUCAUCCUUAUCCUUAAAUACCCUGGCACCUUGUCAGCAACUACCUCUCCUUUUAAUGGCACUUGUCUUUACUGAUCAUCUGCUAGUAAUCCGCAAGUCCCUUGCUCUGCCUCUCUUGCUGGCCCCCAGCACAAUAUCUAAGAGACAAUAAGAAAGGCCAAAUGAUUAGCCUGGCAUGGUGGUGCAUGCCUGUAAUCCCAACUACUCAGGAGGCUGAGGCAGGAGAACUGCCUGAACCCGGGAGGCGGAGGUUGCAGUGAGCCGAGAUCAUGCCACUGCACUCCAGCCUGGGCAACAGAGUGAGACACCGUCUCAAAAAAAAAAAAAAAAAUGGCCAAAUGAAUGAAUGUGCCCUGUCCUGUCAGGGCUCUAUGAAGUUAAGACACAGCACUUGUCUGUGAGAAGCAAAGAGACUUGUUCGGGUUGCUUCCCUAUCUCUUUAACUAAAGGGUAGCGAUUCCACAGUCUUCCUCCAGAUGUCACCUAUACCCUUGUGAUCAAUGCAGAACAAGAUGGAUGGGAGUUGACAUCAAAUGAAUGGCAGGCACUGUGAUGGAUUCCCAAAAGAACAUGUCCUAAAACACUGGUCAAUUUCUUGUGAUGAGCAAAUAAAAAUCACAGAUCUCCAACAAAA